AUGACCUGGUCCGGCGGCUCUCAGCUGCAGCCGUAUGUAUGUAUGCCUUUGCAUCUCUCUGCUCAUGUGUCCGCUCAUGGCGGUGAGGUCAUACGUUGUUUUGCGGGAGAGUGGCGCGCUCGCCCUCAACCCCGCCCACUAAUGAUUCGAACGCCGGUAAUAAUAACCGCUGCCAGCCAGCGCUGGAUUUUCGCCAACUUACGAGGAGAAGAGUGUCGUCGUCCCCGUGUGAUGUCGCUGGCUGACCCUGGAGUCAGCCGAACGACUCUCCGUGUGCGCCUGUUAAUGCAGUUAUUGACGUGA